AUUUUGCGACUGUAGUGUAGAAUGUACAGGGCAGUAGUUUUUCCUCCUUCUAAGUUGCUUUGCCGGAGAAACAUGAACGGCCGCUAACUGGCAGCUGCGGACGACUGGCCUCCCUGCCCUGUUUUACCCGGCGGACUCGGCGGAGAGACAGCCCGGGCUUGCUGUCCGUUAGCUCCGAGUCUGUGGAAUAAGGUGGGCAAGUGCCGAAGUCGCGCAACGAAGACAAGACAGGAUGAGAGAGAGAGGCUCCGACAGAGGAGAAAAAUAGAAAGGAAAGGAGGGGGAAGCAGAAAAAAAACAAGGCAGAGUGAGAGAGGAGCACCGAGGAGAAUCUCUGGGAUAAAUAAAUAACAAGAGUUGUUUGGAGUAAAAGCAAACUAGAUGAAAAGAUGAAGCCGAUAAAGAAGCAGGGCCGGCGCUCUCCUCCCUCCACUCGGGCUAAAGGGGGGAAGCGUCGUGGAGCUGGAGAUGCCCCAGAAGGAGGAGAGAAAAGAGACUCAGAUGAGAACAGAGACAGAAGCAGCUCCCCACAAAACCGAACUCCCUCCUCUUCUUUUUCCUCUAAUUCACGCUCAGAGUCCUCUCAGGUGGACCCAAUCAGGACGCGGGAUGCUGCCGAGGGGGAGGGGCUUCACAGAGAGCCACUGUCAGAGGCGGCAGUGUCGAUUGCGAUGGAUCCUGGGAAGCUGUCCUCCGAUGAUAGAUCAGGGAGGUCGGCCGUGAGCUGCAGCAGCCACUGUGACAGUGGUGGCAGCAGUUGUAGUAACAGCAGCACGCCAAGCUCCAACAACAGUCCAAACCCGGCCUCCAGCCGCAAAACAGCCACCUUUAAGGCCCGCGUUCCCAAGAAGAAAUACACCUCUGAACACUGUUCGUCUACUACUGCUGGUAACCAUAGCAACCCCACGUCCUCUACUCCCCCUCCUCUUCCUCUGAGCGGCGGUGUCCUCAACCAGGGGUCAGCAGGUCCAGGACUUGACAUCAGCGUCUCGCAUUCUGAUGACAACAGUCAGAGCAGGAGCCUGAUGGAUGACUUCCACGGCAGGACAAGCAGCAGGGAGGGGCCUCAGGACUCUCCAGGACCCCCUAUCCUGUCACUGGGAGGAGAGAGGGAAAGGCCCGGAGGAGGUGAAGGAGAUACAGAGCGGGUGUCGCCCAGCCCUUUGCCCCGCUGUUCCUCCACUGACACCGCAAGCGAGCACUCGGCUGACCUGGAGGUGGUGGGCGACACACACAGCCGCACACAGAUGUCUGCACACACAGCGCCCAGCCUCCCCGACGCUCUGUCUGAUGCUCUGGCCAAAGGGUUGAAGAAUCAGCGCAUCCUCGCCCGCCAGCUGCGGAGAAGAAUUGAUGAGGAGGGAGGGGGCGAACGAAGAGAUGAAGGGGGGAGGUCGGACUUGGUGUUUCGGGCCGGGGUGGUCCGUAAGGUCAGCGGUGAGUUUGGAAGCCUGGAGGUGCAACUGAAUGGGGAGAAGACACUGUGCCGUUAUCCGUAUCGACAUGAUAGCCCCCCAGGGGUGGUGGACAUUAUCCUGGAUGCCCCACCUCCUGGUGUCCAACCAAUACCUAUCGGCACUCGUGUCUGUGUACCGUUUGGCAACGAAGAGGGUAUCGAGGGCCAGUGGCAGUGGUACCGAGAAGGCGUGGUGACACGGGUCGACACACACCCUGCAGUGGCCAACCGCUAUCGUGUCCUGCUGUCUGAGGAAAGGCCUCACUCUGUGGAUGAGGAAGAAGAUGGCAGAGGUGCCACGCAGGCUGUGUGGGUCUCCCGACAAACACUCCGGCUCCUGGUGCCACCGUGGGACCUGGACUUGCCUUCUGGUGGGGGUUGUGAAGGAGAAGAGGGGGUGAGAGACAAGGAGAGAGAACGGGAGGAAAGAGAAGAGAUUGAUGUGGAGCAGGAGGUGUGUCGUCUGAGCCGGGGAAUGACACCUGGUAUGGGGUCAGUGCUGGGGAGAGGAAUGCCCUACCCAGGCAUGGUUCCUGUUUCCUCCACAUCGGGCCACAACAUUACCUCCCCCAUAACUCCAGCAUCAGUCCUCAGUUUAGCCCCUGGCCGAGAGUGGGAAAUAGAGAAAGACUUGGAGAGGGAGAGAGACCUUCAGAGAAAACAGGAAAGAGAGAGGGAAAGAGAGCGAGAAAGGGAGAACAGUGUGAAGCAGCAGCAGCAACAACAGCAGCAACACCAUCCAUAUAUGCCCCUCACCCCCGAAGAAGACAUGGAGGUGUCCCACUUUAAUAUGGUCCCGAUGGGGGCGAUCAUACCCGGUACCAAACCAAUGGCAGUUCCCCAACACCGCCACAUCGUCUCUAAGCCCCCGCCUGGCUACCUCAGUCCCCACAUGUCUGUGGUGCGGGGCAUUGGGAUUCCCCCUGCCCAUCUGGCCUUGAACCCCCAUCCCCCCCCUUCACCUGUUCUGUUAGGCCUUGACCCAGCAACUGCAGUAGCUGCAGCAGCUGGUGCUGUCAUCACCACCCCCCAGCUCCCACCUCUCCCUCCCAUCUCCUCCUCCACUACAUCCUCCUCCAGAGGAGAGAAGGCCUCAGGGGGAGGUUCUGCUGGUGGUGGAGCAGGUGGCGGUGGUGGAUCUGGAUCAGGUUCGACCUCCUCUUCCUCAUCACGUUCCCGCACUCCACUGACGGCUGCCCAGCAAAAGUACAAGAAGGGAGAUGUGGUGUGCACACCGACAGGCAUCCGUAAGAAGUUCAAUGGGAAGCAGUGGAGGAGGCUGUGCUCCCGGGAGGGCUGCUCUAAGGAGUCCCAACGACGAGGGUACUGCUCCAGACACCUCUCAAUGAGGACCAAGGAGAUGGAAGCCAGUGGAGGCGGCCGGGAACGGGGUGGAGCCAGCAGCACGGGGACCUUGACGCCAUCUGACCUCCGCCUGAGCGGCGGGAGAGCUAGCUCAGAAUUUGACUGGGAUGAAACGUCACGGGAGAGCAGUGAGGCCAGCAGCCGCGGAGGAGACUCUCGCCCUCGCCUCGUCCUUCCCUCACUGCUGCCUCAGGACCUCUCUCGUUUCGACUUCGAUGAGUGUGAGGCAGCCACCAUGCUGGUCUCCCUGGGCUCCCGUUCUGGCACACCUUCAUUCUCCCCCAUCUCUAAUCAGUCACCCUUCUCCCCGACCCCUUCACCCUCACCUUCUCCACUCUUUGGCUUCCGUCCUGCAACUUUCAGCCCCAUCACUGCGCCUGCCUCACUGACUCCACGUCGCCAUCGGCAGCUUAGCGGCACUAAGAUGGGUACGCCCGGUGCUGAGAGAGAGCGCCAUCUGUCGGGUAUCGUGCCCACUUUCCAGACCAACCUCACUUUUACAGUCCCCAUGAGCCCCAGCAAGAGGAAACUAGAUACCCACCCGCCUCCUCCACUAUCUGCAGUCCAGGACUACCAGAGCAAGCCUGAGCAGCAGCAGCUGGUGGGCAUAGGGGGCGGUGUGGUGGGAGACCCAACGCUAGGCCACAGCCCUGCCGCCUUCAGAGUCCUCUCCCCCCAGAGUCAGCCCACAACCCCUUCCUCGCUUUCCUUCCCACGUCCCCGCAGCGCCACCAGUCGGCCACCAUCCUCCGCCGCCUCCACACCUCCUCCUAUGCUGGUCUCCCCCACCCCUCCUUCCCCUCUGCCCCAGGAACCCUCCCCACGCCGCAUCGUGCCCCUCCGUGAUUCCCCGGUCAUCGUCCGCAAUCCGGACGUCCCCCUGGCAAAGUUUUCUGACGGCCCGCUGGGAAGAAGAGAGAGAAGCAGGUCGAGGGAGCACAGCCAGCCCCCACACACGGCUCCUCCAGGCCUGCAGGCCCCCGUCCCCAUCAAUGGGGCCGCCACCAACGGCGCUGUGCUCCUGCGCAACCCAACAUCCACUCUGGUCCUGGUCACAUCCAGUUCGUCCUUGACUCCAGCCACAGCGGGCCACGCCGCCCUCUCCAGCCCCUCUACUCCUGGAUUGAUGUCCACCGCAUCAGGCUCAGUCCUGUCUUCGUCUGGUUCUGGAGGUCGGGAGCGAGAGAGGAAGCCUGAGGGACACCAGGACGCCUCUGGAGGGGUGCUGCCUCAGCCGGUGGCCUGUCAUCCCACACCGACAGCCCUGCUGCCACUCAUACUGCCAGCAGAGUCACCUCACCCUGCACCUCGCAAGCAGAUCAUCAUGGGACGCCCAGGGACCGUUUGGACCAACGUGGAGCCUCGGUCGGUGCCAGUGUUCCCUUGGCAUUCGCUCGUCCCUUUCCUGGAGCCCAGCCAAUCAGGAGCGGCUGCCCAGCCUGUCGAUGGCCAGCAGCUUGUCAAUCAGAGCAAAGAGCCUCGCUGUGCUGUGGCCCUGGUGAGCGACGGCCGGACGGGUCCUCCAGACCUGGAGAGGGGCUCGCCGUCAUGCCCUCCCCCGACCAAUGACAAUCCUCCUGCAGACAGGGGCGGGGCCGACAGCGAGACGGAGAGCGACACUGAUGACCCGUUUUCCCCUGGAGUGGCCAACGAUCCAGUACCUUCCACUGGACCCAUCAAGAGACGCACACAAUCCCUCAGCGCUUUGCCCAAAGACGGAGACAGGAAGAGGGAGAAGGACCACAUCCGCCGCCCCAUGAAUGCAUUCAUGAUCUUCAGCAAACGCCACCGGGCCCUGGUGCACCAGCGACAUCCCAACCAGGACAACCGGACAGUCAGCAAGAUCCUGGGGGAGUGGUGGUACGCUCUGGGGCCCAAUGAGAAGCAGCAGUACCACGACCUGGCCUUUCAAGUGAAGGAGGCCCAUUUCAGAGCCCAUCCAGACUGGAAGUGGUGCAACAAGGACCGCAGGAAGUCUUUAUCGGAGGGCCGCGGGACCCCGAAGGAGCCCCGAGAGAGGAGCAUGUCCGAAAGCAUAGAUGCCCAUUCGGAGCCCCAGGUGCUGGAGGGGAAGGGAGGCGGUUCGGGCUGGCCGGGAGGACCGGAGCGUCGAGGGGGUCUGUUUGGUGGGCAGCACCCCCGUCCCCGAGCCUUUUCCCAGAGUGCCGUGCACACCCUGGAGCAGAGGGAGAGAGACCUGGAGAAGGAGGAUGGAGCAAGUUUGUUUCGCAACCGGCCGCCGCCUCCGUCGCUGUACCAGGGUGGAGCCAGCGAGGACGUGACCAGUGAUGAAGAGCGAAUGGUCAUCUGUGAGGAAGAGGGCGACGAUGAUGUCAUGGAGGAUUCAUGCCCUGAAGGCUCUAUCGACCUCAAGUGUAAAGAAAGAGUGACAGACAGCGAUGAGGAUGAGCCAGAUGGACAGCAUGGCUUCCAGCCAGUGGCUCGCUCCUCUCUCCCCUCCUCCUCCCCCUCCAUCCCUCACUCUGACUCCACCUCGACUAAGGGGAACGGAGGAGGAGGAGGAGGUGCUGAAGAUGGGUCUGAGAAGAAGAGAAAGAGAGGCGUGGAUGGAGAUGAUGGGAGCGAUGGAGGCCCCAGAAGAGAGGAAGCAGCAGCAGGUGGAGGAGAGGGAGGUGGAGUCUCCUCUCUGUCCAUCACCGGCUCCACGUCCACCCAGACUCCCCUCAGUCUGCCUCAGCAGGGUCUGACUCCGGUCUUCGGCGGCGUCCGCAUGGCUCCCACCAUGGUGACCAACGUGGUGCGGCCCAUCGCCAGCACCCCCAUCCCCAUUGCCAGCAAGCCGGUGGAGGGAGCCAUCACCCUGGACAAGAAGGCCACUCUGCUGAUCGGAGGAGGCACACCGAUCGCCGCAGGGGGUGGGUACCUGUCAUCGUCCUCCUCCCCCGGCCCAGUCAGUGUUACCACUGUGGGAGGCAGCAGCCUGGUCACUAGUCUAGUUCUGGGAGGGUCCCAGCCAGUGCAGCUCCUCACCCCUCACAGCACCCAAACUCCCCUCCCUGUCCUGCAGCCCCAGCUCCUCCCCUCUGCUGCCACCCUCACACCUCCCGCCUGUCCCCAGCCGAUAGCUCAGGUCCAGUACGUCCUGCCGGCAGAAGGCCCGUCCUCCCCUCAACUCACCCACCAGCAAAUCCUCUCCCUGCCCACCAAUGCCACCCUGGCCAAUGGUGUGCACUCAGGGGCAGGAAUCAGAGUCGGCCCCACGACUAGAGUCCAAACCCAGUCGCCAGUCUUGCAGAGCAAGAUGUUGGUUCCCAUGGCAACAGUGAGAACAGGGUCUACUCCUCCCCAUCCUUCCAUCUCCCUGGUGGCUCCGCCUCUUCCUGUGCAGAACGGCCCUUCCACAGGAAACAAGAUCAUCCAGAUCGCUCCCAUGCCUGUGGUACAGACCAACGUUCACCCGAGCGGCGCAGCAGCAGUGCAUCCUGGGAGCCCCUUUCCUGUUUCCGUGGCAACUGUGAUGGCUCCCGGUGCUGCGCCCCCACAGACCGUUCUUCUGACCUCUCCACCCACCAGGAUCACCUACGUUCAGUCUGGCCCAGGAGUCACCGCAGCGACGCCCCAGCAGGGUCCACAGCCUCCAGGUCCUGCGUAUCUCCCGUCACCUCUGGCCACCCUGAGCUUCACCGCAAUCGCUCCAGCCGGACAAACCCUGGUUCAGCCGAUCGUCGGUCAGCCGCCACUGUUAGCUCCAGCUCAGCCUCUGAACUGUCAGUCGCAGACUUCUCCGGGCCAGACGGCAGCAAACUCUAGUCGACAGGUACUAACUGCCAUCUACCCUGCGCCAACCGUUGCCCUGGCAGCUGGUGUAGUAUCGGUGACCGCGGUGCCGCCUGCGGUAACGACUCCAGCUCAGGACCUGAUAAACCCUCCGUCUCCACUGGAUGCAGCAGUGCAGGGUUCAGCAGUGGCGACUCCUCAGCCGAGCAUCGGAACGGAGGUUGAGGUGAAACGGGAGAACCAGCUGGAUGCUCAGAAUGAAGACGAAGCUCAGGAGGUGUCGAGCUCCUCACUGGAAACCUGUACAAGCAGCGGCACAACAGUGAAAAAAGAAGAAGAUAUUAAUGUGUGCAUCAAAGAGGAAAAUGUGAGAGAUGGACACUGCAGAGAGAAACGAAGUGAAGCAGAAGAGGAGAAAGGGAUAAAGGAGAACAGUGAUAAGAAGAGAGGCAGAGAGAUGGAGAGAGAGGACCACAGCAACAGCAGCAAAGAGGCUGGACCUCGUUCCCCACCUCCACCACCCUCAGGUUUGGACCCACCUCCACCUCCCCCUGCAGAAAGAGAACCCCCUAUUUCCUCUAAGAAGACCAAGUUUCGACCCCCGCCGCUCAAGAAGACACCAGACUCUGCUGACAAGGUCUUGUCGGAGUCAUACUUUGAGGAACGUUUUGCAGAGCUUCCAGAGUUUAACCCAGAGGAGGUCCUUCCCUCGCCCACUCUGCAGAGUCUGGCCACCUCACCAAGAGCCAUCCUGGGAAGCUACCGCAAGAAGAGACGUAACUCCACAGACCUUGAGCUGACAGCAGAAGACCCCAGCUCCCCGAGGAGAAAGACUCGCCGUCUGUCCAGCUGUAGCUCAGAGCCCAACACCCCCAAGAGCGCCGCCAAGUGUGAGGGAGACAUCUUUACCUUCGACAGAGCAGGUCCAGAAAGUGAGGUUCCUCUGGGGGACUUGGACCGGGUUCCCUACUCGUCUCUGCGUAGAACGCUGGAUCAGCGUCGGGCCCUGGUCAUGCAGCUGUUUCAGGAACAUGGCUUCUUUCCCUCAGCUCAGGCCACAGCUGCCUUCCAGGCGCGCUACUCAGACACUUUCCCCAACAAGGUCUGCCUGCAGCUGAAGAUCCGCGAAGUCCGUCAGAAGAUCAUGCAGACGGCCACGCCUGGAACCUUCGAGUCUGGAAGUUUGGCCGAAGCCAGCUCCGCCCCACCGCACAGCUCCUCUUUCAAUCAAUCAGCCCGGGAGGAUGGAGGAACGGAGCAGCAAGGAGAUAAAGGCCGGAGCCCCGAGGAGCCGAAAAGCGAAGGAUCGUAAGCUGGAGAGGAUGACAGCAGGAAAAUCUAGGAAAGAAAAAGAGGGAGAGAGAGAGGAGUGUGUGAACCAGUACUAUGGAUCCGUUCUACUGGCUCUGAACUCCACCAGACCUGGGCAGAAACAUGGAACAUGGUCACAAAUAUUCAACCUGCUCGAGGUGCACUUGGAUCGUCCAAUCGGACCUUUAAAAAAAGCCUCAAAAGUGGUCGAAUCACAUGCAAGUCACAAGUCAAGUGCUUCUUGUAGAAUUGUUUUCCCUUUUUAUUUUCCAAGAGUACUUUUGGUCAACACUUUUGCCCAGGUCUGCUCUCAGCACAUUUGUACAGUAGUUUGUAGUCUGACACACAAACUCUGUGGUACACACUCUCUGUCUCUCUGGCACACACAAACACACAAACAAACCAACCCUGGUGCAUAUGUAAUCUCCAGCAUGCACAUGAUCCCACAUACACAAACACACACACACACUUACCAAAUCAGACUGUUACUCUUGGUUGGCAGUCCCCAGGAGCCGCUACCAAGGACCACGACACACAAAGGCACUUUGUCACUUAUUGUGCAGAUGCAGUUUGCUGUUGCCAGCCAGCCAACCAGCCCUCAGAUGCCAUUGACUUGACCUCCUUCUCGCCCCUUCCACUCCUCAGCACAGUGGUCGGGACGCAAACACAACCCAACGACCUCCAUUGAUAUUCCACAGCCCCUUGAUGCUGCAAGACAGACAGCACACACACAUAAAGCAGUACAUGCACACACACACAAGCACACACACACACACACACACAAAAACACAAAGCGCAUGGACACGUCUGUGCAAUGUGAGCACUCAAACACAGUCAACCCCGGUCUGACCAAGCCAUUGGCCUGCACAGUUUUUAGUGAUUGUAGUGAGAAGAGAAACUGAAAGCAUGAGACCUCCUGAAAAACAAAAAGAAGGCAGGAGUUGGGGUGUAGUGUGACCAAUCUUUGCACCUUCAGUUGUUGCCAUUUCGAAAGACUGAGUCCUCACUGGCAGGAGCUGAUUAUAUAUGUCUGUAUGUCUGCUGGGGUCACGUCCCCGAAACCUGUGAGAACAGGAACCGUAAUGAGAUUAUGUAAAGAGACUUUUGGUUGUGAGGCUUUGAAGAAUCAACGUGAAACUCGACACUGGCCGGCUCCCGACAGAGCGCAGAGAAAAGGAAGAAGAAGAAGAAACCGGACGACGUUCACCGGAUGCAAGGUUCAUAUUCCAACAAUAGGAAGAUGUAAUAGUAGUGAAUAAGGACAACAACAACAUGACAAGCUCACCAACAGAGAGGAAAGGUAGAAUUUUAACCAAACUUCUCUCAAUCGCCCCCCGUGGAUAUGAUGUUGCUUUCUCUCGUUAUCGUUGCCGUGGAAAUAACCAGUUUUACCGUGGCCUGUUUUUCUCUCUCGUGGCUCUAUUGUGUUUCUUCUCCAGCAUAAAAAAAAUCACAACAAAAAAAAAAACUAAAAAACUCUGGACAAAGAAGGGGACAAAAAUCAGUCUGUGCCCCCCUCCUGCCCAAUUCCCCACUUUUAAUUGUACCUGGGGUGGUUCUCCUCCCCUCUCCUCCCCCGUCCUCCCCUACGAUUUCUCACCAGACACAGAAGUGGGGGAGCAGGGGCGUUUGUCGUUUUGUAAAACGUUGAAAUCAGGUGUUUGCACAAUUUGUGCGGCCCUCCUUGUCUGGGACCGCCACAAGUUAAAUCAGGAAAGUAUUGUUUUUAGAGAUUGUUUUAGUAGAUAAAAAUAAUAACCUUGUUCCGUUUGUUAUCAACCACCUCUUUCCUCCCCCUUGACCUCCUUGCUUUUCUCCUCCUCCCUUCAUCUCUCUUCUCCUCAGUCCUCUCCUCCCUCCUUCACCGCUCUCCUCCUCAAACCCUCAAGUGUUAGAAAGUGCCCUUAAGCACUGGUCCCGGGUCAAGCGCUAUGUAGCUCAGGAUGGUUCUGGUUAGGGUUAGUUCAGGGAAAGCAGAUCCUAGACCAGCCCUGGAGGGCAGUCUCUGGAGCCCUCCCCUCUUCCCUCUCUUCUCGACACUUUAUCCUUUCCCAUCAAAUGGUGCAAUAGGACAUUUAUUUUUUGGAAAUGGGGCGGGGGGGUUAUUUUGUUUUUUCGGGGCAAGGCUCUGUGCCAUAGAUAUUAAAUCCAGUGCAGUCAGUCAGUGAGAGAAAUGAGCUGUUGUGAUACUAUCUUUAACUAUGGUAUAAAACAAAACAAAAAAGAAUCACACAAUUAUUGUUAUUGUUGAAGAGAUAGAGAGUAUAACUUACUAAAAGUCAAAGACAAUUUUUGAAUAGCACUUUUUGGCUCUUUGCUUCUUUAGUGAAGAGUGGGGGUAGUUAUUAUUAUGGGUAUCUCUUUUAUUUCUCUGUAUACAGUUGGAUGUGUGAAAAAAUAUAUAUACCGGUAUUUCCAUAUAUGUGCAUUUAGGUCUGUGUUUGGGUGUGUGUGUAUGUUUUGGCACAUGCAGGUAGCGUGUUAACACGACCAACCUCUUGUCCUUUCACCACACAGCAACAUUAUCAAUAGUAUAUUUUUCAUUGUAUUCUAUAUUCUACUCUAGAGACAGUAUUUUUAUAGUCACCAUGACUAUUUUGUCCGCCAUCUUGACUGUUAUGAAACCCAGUUGAUUCAGGAUAUAUAUGAAAUAUAUAUUCAGGAUAUACAAUAUAUAAAUAUAUAUGGAAAUACACACAGGUAAUAGAAGACUAUCAAAUCACAUCACUUUGGGGUUAGGGCUGUAAAGUGUCUAUCUGCAUGCAUGUGCAAUCACAUGCACACGUGCACGCACCCACACAGACAUAUGUGCAUACACACACAUGUAUGCGUGUACACUGUAUGAUUGUGCUUAAAAAUAAACUGUCCUUUCUUUGGAGAAGGAAUUUUAGGAUGAGCGAGGUGAGUGUUAUCUCAUAAGCAGGCAUGUUGACCAUGUGCAAUAUUUCUAAACAACAAAAAAAACUAAAUAUUGAAAAUAUUAAAGAUCUAACACAA